CGCCGGGACAGACCCCGGGAGCUCAGCGUGGCCGCACAUGACGGCAGAGCUGGAUGAACUUUAAAUCUGCCUCCUAACUUUCAGCCUCUCUCCUCCUGUCGGGCUCCCCCACCCCCGCACCUUCAUCUCCUCCCUUCCCUCCUCCGCUGCUCCGCAGAUAUCAAGGCGCUUUUUCGGAUGAUCAUUAGCGUCGCGAGGCGAGAUGAUGGCUUCAAUAGGGGAUUUCGACCCUCUGAACACCAGAGUCCCUGCAACUAAAAUAGAAGUUACAGUUUCCUGCAGGGCUCUGCUGGAUGUGGACACGUUCUCCAAAUCAGAUCCUGUGGUCGUGUUAUAUGUGCAGGGUGUGGGAACCAAAGAAUGGAGAGAGUUUGGCAGGACAGAGGUAAUAGACAACACCCGGAAUCCAGAUUUUGUCAGGAAGUUUGUGCUGGAUUUCUUCUUUGAAGAGAGACAGAAUCUAAGGUUUGACGUGUACAAUGUUGACUCUAGAAGCUGUAACAUAUCCAAACAUAAGGACUUUUUGGGCCAAACAUUCUGUACACUUGGAGAAAUUAUCGGCUCAACAGGAGGACGGCUGGAAAGGACCUUAUCCGGGAUACCAGGGAAGAAGUGUGGAGUCAUAAUCUUGACUGCGGAGGAGCUCAGUAACUGCAGGGAUAUUGCCACAAUGCAGUUGUGUGCCAACAAACUGGAUAAGAAAGACUUUUUUGGAAAGUCUGACCCCUUCCUGGUGUUUUACCGCAGUAAUGAGGAUGGAACGUUCACUAUCUGCCACAAGACGGAGGUGAUCAAGAAUACACUGAACCCGGUGUGGCAGCCCUUCACUAUCCCUGUUAGAGCUCUCUGCAACGGUGACUAUGACAGGACUGUAAAAGUAGACGUGUUUGACUGGGACCGAGAUGGAAGCCAUGACUUCAUCGGAGAGUUCACCACAAGCUACAGAGAGCUGUCUCGGGGGCAGAACCAGUUCAAUGUCUAUGAGGUUUUAAAUCCCAAGAAGAAAGGCAAAAAGAAGAAAUACAUAAAUUCUGGCACUGUAACUCUGCUGUCCUUCAAAGUGGAGUCGGAGUAUACCUUUGUGGACUUCAUCCGCGGAGGGACGCAACUGAACUUCACAGUAGCUAUUGACUUUACAGCAUCUAAUGGUAAUCCAUCCCAGCCCACCUCCCUCCAUUAUAUGAGUCCCUACCAGAUGAAUGCAUAUGCCAUGGCCCUAAAAGCAGUGGGGGAGAUUAUCCAGGACUACGACAGUGACAAGCUUUUUCCUGCCUACGGUUUUGGAGCUAAGCUGCCCCCUGAUGGUAAAAUCUCCCAUGCCUUCCCACUGAAUGGCGACAGCGACCAUCCAAACUGUGUAGGCAUCGAGGGAGUUUUGGAGUCUUAUUUCCAGAGCCUGAGGACAGUGCAGCUUUAUGGACCCACUAACUUUGCACCCGUUAUCAACAAAGUAGCAAACUGUGCAGCAGAGAUUACAGAUGGCUCUCAGUACUUUGUGCUGCUGAUGAUCACAGAUGGAGUGAUAUCUGACAUGGUCCAGACCAAAGAGGCAGUGGUUAAUGCAGCAUCACUUCCUCUCUCCAUUAUCAUUGUUGGUGUAGGGCCUGCUGAGUUUGAUGCAAUGGAGGAGCUUGAUGGAGACGAGGUGAGAGUAUCUUCCAGAGGACGUCUUGCUGAGAGGGACAUUGUUCAGUUUGUUCCAUUCAGAGACUACAUCGACAGAUCCGGUAACCAGGUUCUCAGCAUGGCCCGACUGGCCAAAGAUGUCCUCGCUGAGAUCCCAGACCAGCUGCUGUCAUUUAUGAAGAGCCGAGGAAUUGAACCACGACCGGCCCUUUCCUCCUCCCCACUGCCGCAGCUGCACCGUCACAUGUGACCGGCAUACCCCGUCACAUAUCCCUUUGUAUCUCCCUUUUUCGCCUUCCUAGACUUCUUGUCGCUACCUUAUCUUACAUUUAUUUGACACUUCAAAAAGAAGGGAGGAUCAAGCAUCUGCUUGCCCUUCUUGCUCUCUUAUCCACAGCGAGUAUAAACAGGCACACCCCAUCUGCACAGCAGUCGCUCAUCCUUGACCCACCUGCUGCUGUAACUCAUCUGCUCUUCUUCCUCCUAUUACUUUUCAAUUACAUUACUAAAAAGCAGUGAGACUGAACCCUGACUGCAACCUUCUGGAAUUGACAUUCAGAACUGGAUGUCUAGUAUUUACCUCAACAUUCCUAUCAUUGGGUCUUUAUCGGACACCCCUAAUGCAGAAGGUUCCACAAUUAUCUACAAACUGUUUUGACAUUUCUUAUUCUGUCCAAUUAGGAGCAAAAUUUGCUAUUCAAUUGAAGCUAAAUCAAUUCUAGGCCCUUGAUGAGCUAUAACGUGUCCCUAUAACAGCCUCUGGCCAAAGGAGUUUUAACCCUAUUUCACUCUAGUUGUCUCUCACAUCUCAGAGUGAUUUAUUCUCCUGAGCAAUUAGACUGGGGCAGACUAAAUUGCUCAUGUGAAGGUUGCAGACGAGCACUGGCAGAUCCAGGGUGAGGGUCCAAUGUUGCAUCAGAAGUAGACACACAUAUUACACUUACAUUCACACCAACGCUCACGAACAUGCAUGACUCUGUCUGCGACACCACACCCACCUUCUCUUUGCCCAGCGUGGGCUGAUGCUGGGUGCAUAUUCCACCCCUGCUGCGAGAGAAAUGCCAGUCUCUCCAGAUGUCCUGCAGAGAGGUGGGGGAAAGGAAGGGGGUUAGGAAGAAGGGAGGAUAGAAGGAAAUAAAGAAAGACAAGAGCCAGAGGGAGGGAAUUAUGGUAGAGGGAAGUAAAGAGGAACAAGGGUAAGAGAGAGGAGACAAGACAUAGAUAUGCUCAAGGACUCAACAAGGUAGAAAAAACAAACAACAAAACUUAGAAAUUUGCUUAGUUUGAUGCCAGAAAAGAAGGAAAACCAUAGACCCAAGAUAAAGGCUGCAUAUCAGUGAUGUCCCUACAUUAGUGUUUAAAAAGUAUGCAUAUUUAGAUCAAAUUAAUGCUAAUCUAGGAUCAAUGCACAUUCUAUGAAAAGCAAUACGACUGACUCCUAGCAUAGUGUUUGCCUUAUGCAUGUACCGUCCGCUCCUGUUAUUACUUUACAUUUUACUUGCAGAAUGAAACUGCUUACAAAGUGGGGAAAGGCUGCCACCUAGUGCUCACUCUUUGUAUAGCUGAACAUCUAUAUUAUGCAUGACUACUGUAGAGCUCUAAACCAUCUGAAAGGUACGAGUGCAUGAACACAUCCAGACAAAUUUCAGGUGUGAAAACGACCAAGAACUGAGUAGAAUUUAAAGACCUAGAAAUGCAAAGUCUCUGUAAAAUCCGUCAAUUUCAUGUCUGACUAUGGUGGUUUGAAGCAGUAUUCAAUGUGGGCUUUGUAAAUAUAUGGGUUUUUUUAUCAUUUGUCAUUAUUAUUCUUUUUGCAUGUUGGGGAAAAAUGCAUAACCCUUACUCUCCCCCACACCUGACAAAAAAAACAAUUAUAUGUAUAUGCAUUUUUUUUCUGUCUUUGUAAGUUUUCAUGUGUGGGUUUCAUAGCUGACUCUUCUACUCUGUGUUUUGCAGAACAUUGUAAACUUUAUUUUUUUUUAUAUUAAGGGUCAUGAAAAUUAAAAUGUGAUGAUUCUACUAAACACUGAAGGGGUGAUUAAGGCACUGCUGAGAUUUCUGUCUAUUUGACUGUAUACAUUUUAAAGAAUUUAAGAUUGUGACAUUUAUAUAAUAUAUAUGUAUAUGAUAACUAAUGUUUUAACUUGUUUUCUUAAAUUAGACGUCUGUAAAUCUUCUGCACCUGUUCUUCAGAUGACAUAACCAGUCUGCUGCAGAUCGAUUCACUCAUCUUGAAGUGUUUACUAAUGUAUCACCUUGCAGUAUUAAACUUUUAUUGGGACUUUAUGUAAUGGACCAACAACAAAUAUCAAGGAGUUCUGAGUUAAGGAAUAAUUUUUUGAAUUUCAAAAAUGAAUCAUAAAAGUGUGGCAUGCAUUUGUAAUCAAACACCUAAGUCCAUACUGUACGAUGUAGAAGCAUCUUUGACUAAAACUACAGCUGUGAAUGUUUUUCAGUCCGAUGCCUCUGUGUGAAGUGGGUUUGGUACAUUCAGGUGUUUUAUUAGUUUUCUUUCGUAGAUACACUCAAAAUUGUUCUUUCCUGUGCAGUAAAUCUUUUAUAUACUUCUUUUCCCUCAUUGAUCAAACUUCAAAUAAUACAUAUGAAGAGGAUCAUCUUGCCACAAUAGUUUAAAGGCCAGAUUUGUUAAGCACAUGGCAAAUAAUUGUUCUGAUUCAAUAUUUUCCCACCCAGCUUUAACUCUCCAACCUGACUGCCUGAUUAGAUGCACAUCUAAGUCUUUAUACGUUUUUCAGUUGUGCUAUGAUCUCUCCAUAUUUAGAUGAUGUAUUGAACAAACCUUUGUGAGACGUUCAGACAUGGAAUAGUUCUUCAUAAUUUAACCACUACACAGUGUUUUCACUGACCCAUCAGCUCAAUUUCCCUUUUGUUCUUCAUUAUUCUCUGAUUUUAUAACCUCUGAGGCCUUCAUGCAGCCGCUGGAUUUAUACUGAGUAUGAAUUACACCGAGGGGAACUCUAAUUGUCACCAGUAGGAGACGUUAAAGGCAGUCUGGACGUUUUUAGUGUUAUCAGAGGAAAGGACAGUGAGUACAAAUGCUUACCACACUUUUAAGUUACAUAAUUUUCCUUCCUCCUCAGUUUUGCUCUACUUGUAUUUGUCCUAGAAAACUUAUUAAGUGUGCAGUAAAAAAUACCAGGGGUAGGAAUAUUUUCUGCAUAAUGUAUGUUGAAUUAUUUUGAAGAUUGUCCGAUAAGACGAAUGUAGAGAUUAGGAAAAACUGUUUUGAAUUUCUUGCUGUGUUUUGUUAUCAAAUUUGUGCGUAUUGUUAUUUCCUAAAGUUGACCAAAAUAUAAAAUAUAAGCUGAUUAUGUUAUGUUGUACUUGUUAACUUUAUUACACUGCACUAAAAGAUUUUAUGUGGAUUUCAGAUUAAAGAGCAUAUAUACAUAAAAGAGA